CGUCUCCGCUUUUUGGCCUCCAGGGGGAGCUCGAAUGUGGGCAUUCCGCGCGCACGAGCGACGCGCAAUCUCGAGCCAGGAUUCGGUGGAACUUUGCCCCGCUGAGAGCUUCGCGUAGUGCGGGAAGACGACUGGACGAGUGCAACGUCGCUCCGCUCUCAGCACAGCCCGCGCCGCGACAGCGAAAUUUACGAGCGCCGCAUUGACGCGUCUGCCUUUUCCUCUCCUUCCGGUCCGGUGCGACGACGAUGCGCCGUAGCGAGGAGGCGGAGGCGGAGGCGGAGGCGGAGGAGGACGCGCCCGGCGGAGCCCGCUCGUGAGCUGGGCGCCGCCAUGCCGGCCAGGAGGAACCGCUACAACCUGGUGGACGACGCGGCCGACGCCAGGCUGCCGCUGCACAACGACGAGGCGUACCGGCACGGCAUCUCCUUCCAAGCCAAGUAUGUGGGGAGUCUGGACGUGCCGCGGCCCAACAGUCGCAUGGAGAUCGUGGCGGCCAUGAGGAGGAUCCGGUACGAGUUCAAGGCCAAAAACAUCAAGAAGAAGAAGGUCAGCAUGGUGGUGUCCGUGGACGGCGUCAAGGUUCUGCUGCGCAAGAAACAGAAGAGGAAAGAGUGGACGUGGGACGAGAGCAAGAUGCUCAUCAUGCACGACCCCAUCUACAGGAUUUUCUACGUGUCGCACGACUCGCAAGACUUGAAGAUCUUCAGCUACAUCGCCAGGGACGGCUCCAGCAAUUCCUUCCGCUGCAACGUCUUCAAAUCCAAGAAGAAGACGCAGGCCAUCCGCAUCGUGAGGACCGUCGGUCAGGCUUUCGAGGUCUGCCACAAGCUGAGUCUGCAGCACGCCGAGCAGGACGCCGACGGGCAGAGCGACAAGUCGGCCGAGGAUUCCGGACGUGAGGGCCAGCCUCCGGCGGGGGCCAAGCGGGGGGAGGAGGACAGUAAAGGAGGACGAGAGGAGGAGGAGGACGACGACGACGGCGGCGAGGAAGAGGAAGAGGGUGCCGCGACCGGCACGUCGCUAUCCGAAAGGACGGUCGGUGACAUCUUGCACAGCCUGGCCGAGCUUAGCGUGGUCAAAGCGGGCCACGCCGUCACGGACUUUUCCGGAAUGCCCCUGUUCACGGUGGCCCGACAGGGCGCGGCUCCCGGCAGCCCCGGCCCGGCCGGCGGCUCGCUGGCGUCGCGCCACUACUUGCAGCUCCUCCAGCAGCAGCUGCAGCAGCAGCAGCAGCACACGCAGGUGGCAGUCGCUCAGGUGCAGCUGCUGAAGGAUCAGAUGGCGGCCGAGAGCGCCGCCCGGAUGGAGGCGCAAGCGCGCUCGCACCAGCUGCUCAUGCAGAACCGCGACCUGCUGCAGCACCUGGCCCAGCUGGUGCAGCAGCUCCGGCAGAUGGAGGGCGGACCGGGGGUCCGGGAGGCGGAGCUUCUGCCCCGGGAGGCGCCGCUCAACGGAUGCGCCACGAGGCCUCUGUCAUUGCCUCUCAAUGUCAAGAUGCGCUGCGACGACGCCUUCCUGCAGCACGCCACGUCCACGCCCGGACGGCGUCCGCGCGCCGCCGCCGCCCUCUCGCCCGGGCACCCGGGCGACUCAGAGUCUUUCCUUCUGCUCAGUCCGGAUGACAUCAGUGAGUCCUUCUUCCACGGCGAGGAGGCCCCGACGUCCCCCGAGGGGGCCGCCGUCACGUCGAGGAGAGCGUCCGGCGUUGAGGAAAAGUUCCAAGCGGCCAUCCCGAAACUGGACCCGCCCCCCGCCUCGGCGACCCGCAAGCGAGCCAGCCGGACCUUGUCUCCGGGCUCGCUGCCCCCGCCCUCCUUCCCGGACGCCACCCCCGGCUCGCUGUCGUCGUCCGACUUCCACUCGCUCAGCAGCUCGUGCUCGGCCAGCGACGACUCGGGCGUGCGCUCCGAGACCAAAUCGCUGCUGUCGCCCGUGCGGGACGGCGACGUGUUCGGGGAGCGCGGGACUUUCGGGACUCGGCGCGAGAGCCCGAGCUCGGCCGCCCUCCGACCCCCGAACGAGAUCCGCCUCCGCAUCAGCUUCUCGGAGGACGAGCUUCUGGAAAAGGGCCAGGAAGACGUCGCCGUGCCGCAGCGCAGUUAAGGGAACGCCGUUCGCGCGCUUCGGACUCUUUCGCAAAACUUUAGUAUUUUUCUAAAGGAAGAACGUCACCGUUGGGUGUACUUUGUAGGGAUUAGGAGCAAACAUAUCUUUUGCACACGGUUCCAAAAUCAUCACAAGGUUUUGUUUUGUUUUGUUUAAAUAAUUAGUCAACAUCAAAAAUCUCUCAUUUAGUGGUCGCUGAAAUGUUGCGAGGAACCUCGAUGGCUGCCAACCGCCUGAUUGGAUGACGGGACAGAACGACAAAAGGAAGUCAGACGGAGUGGGGGGAAAAAAAUAUGAAAAAAAAAAAAAAAAAGAUUGGGGCGUUCGAUUGUAAAAAUUGAAAAGGCAAAAAGAGUUAAGUUUAAGAAUAUUCAUAUUGGGACAGGAAAAACUCAUCUCAUCGAGUCAUAAUGUCACGAGGAAAAAAAGUCAUAAAGCUACGAAAAAAUUGUUUAUGUUCAUGUUUGAAGAAAUAUAAAGUUGUAAAAAUACAACAAGGGUGGGUGUGGAAAGGUAUGGCAAUAAGUCCAAAUAUAUAUAUUAAAAACACUGUAAAGUUAAUUGGUUUUGAGGGGGGGGGUCAAUAAAAUUACUCAUAAUUCAAGAUGGAAAAAAUAUGACCCAAUUUGGGCAAGUUUAUGAGAAUAAAGUUGUAAAAUAAAAAAAAAAACAUUCAUAAUGUUGAAAGAAGGAAAUUAAGAUUUCAAGGAAAUUUGUGAUAAAGUUACCAGCAUAGACAGAAUGACAUGAAAAAAAUAUUUUUUAAAUAAAAAGUUAUAAUCUUGA